GAAAUGCUGACUAGGGAAACUGAGCAGCUGAAACUGUAGUUGGAUUAGAAGCGAGUCCUCGUCAGAUCGAGUUUUAUUGCAGUUGCAAUGGCAUUGUUAGACCUAUUAGAACCGCUUCUUGUGCAUUGGCAGACAAUUUUAAUUGCUUCUGCCAUAUUUUCGGUUUAUUUUUACUGGAUUGUGCCAUAUCGGGCGGCUAGAGCUAUUUACCCCAAGGGACCCAUCCCGUUACCGUUUAUCGGUCAUUUGUGGGAUACUGUAAAACACAAGGGAUUGGUACAUCAGCAAAUGGACGAAUAUUGCAAAAAAUACGGCCAAGUAUACUCCAUGCUUACCUUUGGCAGCAAACCAUGCAUAAUAAUCUCGGACCCAGAAAUGCUGAGAGACAUUUUCGUCAAAGAGUUUGGUUCUUUUGCUGAUCGCCCGGUAUUUUUUAAGCUACCUGAACCUCUGAACAGCAUGUUGACAAUUGCUACCAAAGACAAGUGGAAACGUAUUCGUAACACUUUGUCACCAGCUUUCAGUGCUUUGAAGAUGAAACAGAUUGUGCCCUUGAUGAAUAUUUGUUGUGACAAUUUGAUCAAAAAGCUUGGUGAAUUUGCUGAUAAAGAGGAAAGUGUUGACAUUAAGAAACUUCACCAGUGUUUAACAAUGGAUGCUAUCGUUUCUGCUGCAUUUGGUUUUCAAGUGAACUCACAGAACAAUCCUGAUGAUCCUGUUCUUAAAGCAGCUAAGAAAGCAAUGAACCAGUCAACUUCUCAGAAAAUUCUGCUGACAUUUCUAUCUACAAUGCCAUUUGGGGCAAAGAUCAUGGAGAAGAUACCAAGUUUGUGGAUGUCAAAUAAUAUUCCUCUCCUGAACAUUACAGAAGAAAUAGUUCACACCAAAAGAGAGAGUGGUGGAAACUCUAGCACUAGGAAGGACAUGCUUGAUUUGAUGCUGGCAGCCUCAGAUGACCCUUCAGUACCAGAAACAAAGAAGCUCUCAGACAUGGAAGUCAUAGCACAAAGCCUUGUCUUUCUUGCUGCAGGAUAUGAAACCACCAGUACCACUUUAAGUUUUGUUUCCCAUCAUCUAGCCAUAAAUCCUGAAAUUCAGGAUAAACUGCAACAAGAGAUUGACAGUGUUUGGCCAGAUGAAAACCAAAUGUUGUCCUAUGAAAUAGUCCAUGAAAUGCCAUACCUGGACAUGGUCUUGGCUGAAAGUUUGAGAAUGUACCCUCCAGGAUUUGUCAUAGUCCGUGUCUGUACAAAAGCAUGUGUUCUUAAAGGAGUCAAAAUACCUGAAGGUUUAAUAGUUGUAAUACCAGUGUACAGCAUUCAGCGAGACCCAUCCAUUUAUCCAGACCCUGAUGAAUUUGAUCCGGAGCGCUUCUCACCUGCAGCCAAACAAUCCAUUAAUCCUUACUCCUACAUGCCUUUUGGUCAUGGACCUCACAAUUGUAUUGGAAUGAGGUUUGCGCAAAUGGAAAUGAAGAUGGUGCUGGCAAGAAUGUUGAAGAAAUAUCGUCUGGAAGUAGCGGCAGAUACAAAGAUUCCUCCUGAUGUUUUUGUUGCAUCUACGUUGUCAUGUUCUGGUGUUAAUGUUAGAAUAACUUCACGAAAGUAAAGGGAAAAUGCUUUGGAAAACUGUUGUCUUAAGUCUUUCAACACUUCUUGUGCUGAUGAUAAUUGACUUACAUUAAAGAACUGAUUCAGGACAAAG